AUGAAGAAGGGAGUGCACCCGCAGAAGCAAUGGAUAAGCUAUGUUACACAAACGGGUAGAUUGAUGCAUGUCAUGAUGACAAAGAUACACCCUGUUGGCAAAGUAUACCACUUCCGGGCAAGGCGUCAGAUGGCCGAGAGUUUGGGGCAGAUUGCCAAGUUCAGGCGUCGUUUUGGGCUAGAAAAUCCAGAAACCACUCCAAAAAAAUGACGUCCUCAACAAGAAGAGAGAGAGAAGUUUCUUUGCCUCUAUAUUUAAAUGCAAGUUCAAGGAGAAUAACAUAUAUACUUGAUGAUACUCUUAAUCUGGCUUUUUGUAGAAUUCAUUAUAGAUUUAUAUAUCAAGUUAAAACUGCUGAAACAUUUCAUUUUUCAGUUAAUAUCAAGUGAUGUCGUGAGUAGUGCAUUUUAUCUAGUUAUCCUGGGGCUAGCAUACACUGAUAUUUAUUAGCUACCUUUGAGACCUUUUACUUUACAAGGAAACACACUAUAUCCAAUAAUUGGGAUAUGAGAUAUGUAGAAUGUUAUGAUAUUUAUGGCA